AUGGGAUUGUGUAAAUGUCCUAAGAAGAAGGUUACUACACAGUUUUGCUUCGAACAUCGCGUUAACGUCUGCGAACAUUGUCUGGUUUCAAAUCACCCUAAAGUAAGCUAUCUAAGCUUUGUGUUUUUAAUGUUAUGCGAUGUUUAUUUUACAGGUCUUUUAUCCACUAUCAGUCGUAAUAGUUGCACUUGGAAUGAUAUGCUAUGUAAUAGAUUUUAUGCUCGUCAUGAUGCAUUUUAAUGUUACAAUCAUGAUACAAUCCAUGUAUAACGACUGAUAAACAUGCAAAGACCAGGAAGAAGACUGCGGACUGCAGACUGCAGACCAGGUGUAAAAUGCAGUCUGAGUGUAAAAUGAAGACUGCAGUCUGAGAGUAAAACGCAGGCUGGGUGCAAAAUGCAGAACAAGACGCCUAGAGUCGUUUCCGUGGGAUGCGUUGGUCUAUGGAAGCAUAAUGGCGUUCUAUCUGAAUUUGGAAAAAUUAGGGAAACCGGAAAGAUGUGUCAUGUUAUGAGCAUCAAUGAGUAGGUUACCUGUAUGGGUUGGUUUAAUGUGCUUAUGACUGAAUUUAUAGUAGCCUGCGUGGCAGGCUACUAUUAAUUUUCUCCCCAAUCCACAUCCCCUUUUUGCUUCCUCCCUAUCCCCUACCCCUUUCGUCACCUGCUACGCAAGCUAAAUUUAUAGUUGUCAGUGGUCGCAAGGAUGGAGUUGAUCUUGUUUUGAUCUAUCGCUAUGUAGUUAUUUUCGUAGCACGAUUUGGAUAAGAAAAAGAAGUUAUUUUGCAUCAAAAAAAGCUUUACCCGUGUAACUUAAAUUGAAAUGUUAACGGAAACAGGUAAUGGAGAACAUGCACAUAAUGCUCUCUGAUUAACCUGAACAGGAACUAUAUGUAUAAAGAUAUGUCAUAUCUUGGUAGUAAGUUGCCGCAGGUAAAUUUUUCAAAGAGAAAUAAAUAUUGUAGUUUUAGGUUAAUGGAACAAAACAAAACAAAACAUCCGCUUGCUUUAUCCAGGGUCGAACCCAGGGUUACAAAGUUCAAUAAAGUUCCAAUGUUUUAAUCCAAGAAGAAAGUUUAAUAUUCCAAGAUGCUCUUGAUACGGUUAAAAGUUAAUUGCAAUGGGUUUCCAAGGUCUCAAAGUUAACAUAGUUCCAAUGAUUAUCCCUGAUUCCAAGGUAUAAUAAGUUUACUAAGAUCCUGAUCCGUGUCCCAUCCAGAAGUCCAAUCCAUGCCGAAAGCGAGUUGUCGAUCAACGAGGACAACUUUUUCGCGCUUUCACCGCCAAUCGUCAAGGGUACGAGUUGAAAUUUAUGCGAUUUAACCUCCCAUCGUCAAGGUGUUUUCAAUAAAAUAAGAAAAAAACUGAACUCUAGCUGUGCUCGGCAAAAACUGGCAAACUCCGAAUAGAAAAAUCUAUCGGAAAUCACGGCCCGCAACCAGACGCUACUAAAACCUUAUGAAAAAGCUAGACCUAAACAAAAAAGAAUCAUGAAGCGAAGAAAUAAUUUGGCUUAGGAAGCCUUUUGUGACUUACCAGUAUCCCGAAGGAUUUCACUGGUUAACAAGCCAUCCUUAACCAUGAGUGGGAAAACUCAAGGGCGACAAAUUUGGCAAGGAACGUUCUGAUUUCAAUGUUCUUCAGAGAAAACAAAUCGAUUAAAAAUCGAUAUAGAUUUUGUACAAUCUGAUUGGUCAGCUUGGAAGGAGAAAUAAUCGAUAAAGAUUUUACGCAAUCCUAUUGGCUGGUUUUGCAAUUUUGGGUACAACCGAACCGGAUUUUUACCAUGGGAGUGCCACAGGCAUCCCACGGAAUAAGGACUGCUGACUUGGGGUAAAAUACAGACCAAACAUAAACUGUAGUCGCGAUGGGUUUAAGGGCAAAAUAAAUACUGCAAAUACAUGCAAACGAUCACUUACUUGCUUGUGAUGUGCUUUCACAAAUCCAUUCCUUUGUUCUCUGGAAGGUCAUCGAUGACCCGAAAACAUAAUUGCAGUCUUCAACCUUUUUUCUGUCCUAGAGACCUCACGCUUCAACUUAAAAAAUGAAGUUUUCAAUACAUGUGACCAUGAAUAAUUGGCACAACACUAGGGUAUUUAUGCUUAAAUAGCUGCUGACCCAAAAUACUGACCCGAAGGAAUAAUGGCGAUAAAAAAGGGAGUAAAUCAUUCCAACAACAAAGAAAGAUGUUCUGCAGUAAAUUUGGAUGAUCUUCUUUGAAAGUAUUGCAAAUCAAGGUACGCAGACUUCAGCUGUUCGGACAUUAAAUUUUAUUGAAACUUCUGAUGAACGUGCAAUUUACUGCGACUAGAAAGCGAGGUGUGUAAAUGAUACCAGGUAGCCAUUUGGAGAAGAAGCAGCACAAAAUAAUGUUUAAAAAGUCUGCAGUCCGCAGUCUGCGUUUUACCCUUGGUCCGCAGUCUGUGUUUUACACUGAUCAUCUUAAUUUAUGAGAUAUCUACAGUUUUGAUUCAAUCUCCGUGCAAGCAGAGCCUACUUUUGUCUUCUUUUUAAUUGGUCUGAACUUCUGAACUAGUCAACCUGUUUCUUUUGGCCAGACUGCUUUUUUGUGUGCUAACAUCUGUUUAAACACAUGCAUUUCAUAAAGUACAGUCGACUCCCGGUAACUCAAACCCUCUAUAACUCGAACCUCCCAUUACCUCGAAGUAAUUUUCAAUCCUCUUCUGAUCGUUUUCCAUACAAUUUUACCCUCGAUAACUCGAAUUCCCGAUAACUUGAACUUUUUUCUAUUUCCCUUGAGGGUUCGAAUUAUCAGAAGUCGAGUGUAUUAUCUUCAAGACACUCAUCUAUCAAGAGGAAAUGCUUGUCUUGCAAGAAAAGAGACUAGAUUAGUAACUUACUCCUGGGCAAUAUUGCACAGGAUAAAGGCACAUGUACAUGUAGAUACUGGAGUAAAAAUAUUAACUUUAGCCUGGUUUGAAGGUGAAAUGCAACAAGGGACUCUGUAUAUUUAUUUCUUGUGUUUUUUCCCUAGUGCAUAGUUAAGUCCUAUCUACACUGGCUUCAAGACAGUGAUUACAAUCCUGUAUGUACUCUUUGUAAUGGCAGUUUAGCAGAAGGAGAUGUCGUUAGAUUAAUUUGUUUUGGUAAGGCCAUACAUUUUACUUACAUGUAGAUUGAGGUUGAUGUUGUUCUAAUUCCAAGACAUUUGUAAUUUUAGGACCCUUUUGCUUGAACACUGGUUAUAAUUGCUAACCAAGGGUUAAAAUUUGAACCCAAUUUGAAUAGUAAUCAUUUUUAACAUUCCACUGCUCAAGCAAACAUUAAUGUUAUGAGCAAAAGAUAACUUUGGAAAAUUAAUGAACAUCAAGUAAAAAACUGAUCAUUAGAUAAAAUAAUUCUCAUCAUCAGUACUGUAGGUAAUGCACGGAGGACAUUGGAAAGAAUAUGCAUACUGAUACUAGAAUUCAAAGGGUUAAGGACAGCCUCUAGAUGUUACUUAAGGUGUCCAUACCUUCAUCUCUGAGGAAAGACUCAAUGACAUUUCAUAACCUUUAGUUAUUUGUUUCUAGGUAUGAAAAUUAUUGUUUAUGGGACAGUAAAAAUAAUAGUGUUCCAUCAUCCCCUGUUAUACAAUGUACUGUGUUUAAAAGCUGAACACUAGUGCGCCAGUAUCUAGUUUACGUACAUUAGAGCGGUUUUCAUUUGAGUGUCGAAAAGUAAUUGGUUUUGCACUUUCUACACGAUGCGAUUGGCUUAAAAGAUUCGCGCCACCUUUUCAUCCAAUCAGAAGUAAAACCAAAGCCAAUUGUGACGCGCUCGCAUGCAUUUUCCCGCGCUUUGCGUCAGCCACAUGUAAUUACUUCGAGUUUUGAUUGGUUCAAUGUAUUGUCUGUGUCCUAUGUGAUUGGCCAGAGUAAUUACUUUGGUUUUGGUUUUACGACACUCAAACGAAAACCACUCUAGCCUGAAUUCCAUUUUUUCUUCCUUAAUAUAGAUGUGUUUCACUGGGGAUGCCUGAACAGUUAUGCUUCAAGUCUUCCCACAAACACAGCCCCAGCUGGAUAUACUUGCCCCAACUGUAAGGUGAGUUUAUAGGUUGAAUAUCCCCGGGCACUAGAGUUUAUUCUUUGGUUUAUCAUGUAAACAUCAUGAGUAUGAGCAUUCACCAACAACAGUGAAUCUCAAUGAGCCAGUGACUGAAUAAAAUGAUUAAGACUACUGUCAGGCCACCCUUUCUCAUACUCCUGCCAUUAGGUUACAGUCAAACCUCCCCGGAGCAACCGUUAAUACUUAACAUCUACAGUGUAGGGUGUAUUUUGUAUAGGUGAUCUCUUAUGAUGAGAGUUCAAUGGUUACUUUGGGAGAUUUGACCACAGCAUUUUAAUUGUCUAGAUCAUUAAUUUUUUUUUUCAUUUUAGUCCAGCAAGUUAAUCUCACUGUUUAAAGAAGAUAACAAAAAGAUAUAAACAUAAAUAGUUCAUAUUGCAUGUCACUUUUUCCACAUAUAAUUUGAUAAUUCCCACUGUUAUAAGUCUAAUAUGGUUAUAUUUUUUAUUAUCUUUUCUUUAUCAGGCAGCAGUAUUUCCUCCUGAAAAUCAAGUCUCCCCUGUUGCUGAUCAGCUGAGAAAAGUGUUGUCUACUGCACCUUGGGCUCGGGUUGGACUUGGGCUUCCUGUGGUCAGUGUCUAAUGCAAACAUGCUCUAUGGACUGUGAAUAGAGUUGUGAUGUGUCGUACAUUUACCUACAGUAGUCCAUGCAAUUAGAUUGGGAAGUUUAAACACCUUACAAUUUCUGAAGACAAGCUCUGGACUCAUAUUUUUCAAAAGGCCUUUUUGAUGGCCUUACCAUGUAUGUGAGAGCUUACAUGUAUUGUAGGAGGGCAUUUUUGUCAGCAGACAUUUAAAGUGCGCACAGGCUUCAUAGUGAAUGAUGGAUUUGUGAAAGAUAUGGUGCAACUUUUAAGUCUGAAGACAAAUUCCUACAAUGUGACCAUUUAAAUGAAACCUCUUUUUACAGUCCUUUCACUUGUUACUUACUUGUUCUUCAGCAUUAAUAAUAAUAACAAAGUGAAAUUUGACAUUUUGAGAGUUUUGACAUUGUAUAGGGUGGGGGGAGGGAGACCUGACAGAUAUAAUUUGAAAAAGUUGCCCUGUUUUAUGAGGGCACCCAGACAUAACAAGAAAUUAUGAUUAUACUGCAUCACUGUCCCAAGGACUUUUGCCCAGGAUUGUAGCUUAAUACUUGCUUGAAGAUAAUGGUAAAUGUCUUGAAGAAAAUAAGCUUUGAAACAGAUUCAUUAUUAUCGAUUCUUUUUUACACUUGAUCAGGUGCCAGCUGCUAGUACCAACAGUGCAACUGUAACAGAAAGCAGACUAACAAGACAUGAUGCUGAUAUUGGUAUGUACAGUUGGAUGACACAUUGUAGUUGAUAGCAUUUCUGCCAGCAAGUUUCUUAAUUUUACAUAUAGAUGUUAUUGUGGGUGACCAGAGGACCCCCAGGGCUGGACAAACUUCAUUUCAAGACAGGGCUUCAGAAAAAAUACCGUAUUCCAACUCGACCCUCAGACAAGCAUCAACUGUUGGACAGUUUUGCAAUUUUUUUCUGUUUCACAAUCAGCAAAACAAGUUCCCAUAAAAGUAAUAAAUUACAUGUAAUCCCAAGAAUGAACUCCACAACUGUAAAAUCUUGAAAAUUAUUAUCUAAUUAAAUUUAUUUCGAUUUUGUUUUGCUUGCAUUAUUAGUCAACUCUCUCUUAAUGUACAGACACCUCUAUAAGACAGAGACCCCCACAGCUGUAGAGUUGGUUCCUGCCUUUCUUUACCCCCUUUAUUUUACUCUUUAUAGGACAGAGAUUAGUCUAACCCUGUCCAAAAGGUUUCCUUCGUAGAGAGAGUUGACUAUAUUAUUUUAGUCUCAAAUAAACACAACAAUUUUGAAGGCAAUGUAAUUCAAGGCACCUUCAUAAAAUUCAAGCCACCUUUUGAGAUCCUUACAGUUUUUCUGAGAGUACAGCCUGUGAUUGCAUCAUGGGUACACAGAGUUUGCUGAUCUUUUUGCAACAUUUUUAUUUGAAUGUUUUUUUUCUCUAUGCAGUUUCUCACGGGGCAAACACACUCAGAGCAGACAUCACUGGUGGACACACGGACAGUGCCCUUAGUACUGGCUCACACCCAGUCACACUUGGAAGUCAAUCAUCGCCUUAUGCUACCCCUGUUAGUACUAAAACAGAGCUUAGAGCAACCAGAGAUCACCAUGUGGUGGAUGUACAUCAACAGAAUACUGUGGUACCACCCCCACAGCAGGCUCAUGCUCGCAAUGAAAAACCAAGUAAGCUAAAUUAAUAUCCUUUACGCUUCAUGCACAUUUAUACGAUGAGGCUGCAGCCAGCUGUGUGUUGUGGUAUAAGUUUUAGUAGACAUCUUUAGCAUGUAUGUUUUGUUUUUCCAAAGUAGUCCAUGUGAUAAUACUCUAGAGAACUGUUUCAUUCAAAUUUAGUGCGUAAUUCUGUAAGCAUAAAUUAUGAAAAGACAGAGCGGUAACUUAAUUGGAAAAAAAGAAUAUGAGCUAUCUACAUAUGCACAGUGGACCAUGUGCAGCUUGCAGGCAAAGAUCAGGUGCUGUGGUGAGAGGCUAUGUCUUUCAGCGCCUUUUCAUCUUUAGCCCAAAAAAACUUUGUUCUAUGUUUUUCUCAACCCUGGGCACUAACAACAAAGUGCUAUAGGGUUACACUGUCUUGGUUGGGUGUUUUAUUGUGUUUUAAUCUCAAUAGUAUUUUCUUGUACUUGAAAAGCCUAGUACAGCUGUAUAAUUAUGUGUGAGUGGAUUGCCUAGCCUGUGUACAGACUUCCCCCCCUUCCUCAGAAAAAUUUUUUUCUGAGAGAGGGGGGACGUCUGUACGCAGGCUAUGGGUUGCCUAAUGCUACUCUUUGUCUUCCUUAUGUAGUUUAUAAUCAAACUUACUUAAUGUAGAUUGUGGUCGAUAUUUGUAACUCUGUUUAAAACAAAUACUUGCUCAAUGGCACCAAUUCUCUCACCUGUCCUAAAGUGAACAGUAUGAUUAUUACACUUGGUCUCCCAGCAUAACAGGCAUUGUCUUGUAGUUCAGUGUGGUGAUGGGAUUUUUUUUCCUUUCCUUUUUUUUUUGUGUUCGGCAGGGUCUUCCACUUUUCUAAUUAACUUUUAACCCAUUCGCUCCUGGAGAUUUUGCCGAAAAACGCGUUUUGAAGCUAGUCGAGUGGUUCUCUGGUCACUGUCGUGCUAUAAAGAGCUAAAACUUACCACAAACUGGUUUACAGGUCGAACACUUCGCGGCCUUCUGAUCCAGAUGCAAAAUAUCAGCUUGCGAAGUUUGGGCAUGCGCAGAAAGCAAAAUUUUCGUUUUGGGGUUUAAAAAAGACACAGCAGUCUUGACUUUUACUUUUCGCUUUCUCUCCUCCCUUCUUUUUUUGCUUUUCUUGCCUCAUUUUUUUUUUUCUCUUACUGGGCAUUUAGUAGGCUUGAUUUUGGUGGGAAGAGUUUUUAGGAAAGCUUUUAGGAUCUUAGGAUUAGGCGAAAGGAAAGGUAGGUGGGUAAUGGAACAAGAUUUUCAUGGAGAUUUUCAGGUCAAUGUCACGUGGUUUUUUGCUUGUUUCUCCGGUGCCCUUGACUGAAUUGUGCUCAUUCUGGUAUGGUUUGAAAGCUCUCUUCACUCUGCACAAGUUAGUGAAGAAAGUUGUCCUUGACCGUUAAAACUGAUGACGUCACAAUGGGUAGAAAGGACCUGGAUCCGCACGGGCGGGUACGGGCGGUUCAGGGGCGAAUGGGUUAAUUUGUUGUGCCAGUUUAUAUAUAUAUGUAUGGACCCCACCUGUGAUCAUCAAUAAUACUCUACUGACCCCCACCACCUCCCCCUAAGUUGAUCUAUAACAACCAAAUUUCUGUCCUUGCAGGCACUGUUUCAAGAAAAAUAUUCAACACUCGGGACAGCACAGUGGACAGCAUUCCUUAUGAUCAUGACGAGAAUAAAUAUCAAAGACGAGGAGCCAUAGACUGGUUUACAAGGUGGUUCUGGUGAGUUUUAAAUCCAUCAUGAUUACAAGUUAUUACAGCCAACCAUUUAAUGUCAGCACGAUCUAGUGUUCUUACACGUUCGUAUUUUGAGCGAGUUUUUUAGCUCCUCGACGUAACGUGUCAAAAUAAAUGAUUGAUUGACUGAUGGAAGUAGUUUGCCUUCAAGUCUCCUCUUUGAAGACAAUAGAGAAGGUACAAACUUUGAAUGCAGUGAUUUCUGGGAUCAUGGGUGUAUAGUGAUGAUCUGUUGUUGGUAUUCAAGGAAACCAUUAACUAGUCAUAAGUAUAACGUUUCGGUCCACUCAAAUGAUCCCAGAAAAUCGGUGGGCCGUAAUCAUGUACCCAUUACCCUAAAAGUUCGUGGAUUGGGGAAUACAUCUUACAGGCACUUAUAUUUCGCUCUUAUGAUCUAAGUUUCUUCAAAGUAUGUCAACUUAUGCAGGUUACCUGUGCACAGGCUCUUUGAAUAAAAUUAUUAGAUAUUUUAUUGUCGGGCCUAGAUGAGAAGUAGAUACCUUGCGAUGCUUUUCCUUGUGGAUUAUCGUUGUGUAGUUAAAACCAUUUCAGUCAUAAUGUAAUACUGGCCAAAGGGAACCAGUCGCGAAAAGUGAUGAAAAAAAAUAGUUUUGUGCAAACGCUCUGCUAAAGAGAUGUCAUUUGAAUGGUAACACCACAGGAUUUUGUCAACAGAUAUUAAAUUAUUUUGGGUGAGAAAUAAUCUUGCCAUUGCUUCGUCUAGGGGUGAGAAGGUUCAUCGGAGUCGAUUGUUUUAAGAGCAGGAAUUUAUCAUGUUCAUUUGAUUCUAAUUAAAUAGUUUAACCUCUUUAUUUUUCUAUUUUCAGGUCUCGGAGAACUCGAAAGCCGGGUCCGGAGGAUCCAAAUGCGUCAUUAAAACGUACCACUAUUAUAUUAAUCAUCCUUAUCCUCGGUUUCACCACUCUUGUGGUACUGUUCACACGAGUUGGGCGCGGAAUAGCUGAUAAAGACCCAUUUCUCGACCCUAUGGCGAAUCCCAACAUAAGAGUCGGAGACGCCAAUAUUAAAAGCGCAUAG